AAAGGUAAAAAAAAAAGAAGAAGAAGAAGCCCCUACCUCGCCACUGGCGCUUAGCCACUCUCAUUCCUAUACCUUCAAGAUGUCUUCCGUCGGCCGUCUUCUCCAUAACGCCUUUUCCCCGGCCUCACAAUCUGCCUCCUCUGUCUCAGCUCUAUUUAGAGAAAGUAACCUGGAGAGCCUCGUCCAAAGGUUCAAAAAAUUAUGUGAACACCAGAAAUAUCGCGAUAAGAUCGACAUCUAUGAGCACACGGUCCGCCGCCUCGCAUCUGCAGGACGCUUCGAUUUGGUAGAAGAAGUUAUUGAAGACCAAAGGAAGUACAUAUGCGUCUCUAAAGAAGGGUUUGCGGCGAGACUGAUUAGGUUGUGUGGUAAGUCUGGCAUGUUCGAUCACGCCCAAAAGGUGUUCGAUGAAAUGCCGAUUAAAGGUGUGUUGUCAUUUAAUGCCCUUAUGGGUGCCUGUCUAAACUCAAACAAGUUCGAUGAAGUUAAUAGCCUUUUUAAGGAGUUGCCAGAGAAGUUGUCCAUUAAACCGGAUAGAAUCUCGUACAACACGGUCAUUAAGGCAUUCUGUGAGAUGGGCUCUUUUGCUUCGGCGAGUUUGAUGCUAGAUGAGAUGGAAAAGAAGGGUAUGGAGCCGGAUGAAUUUACGUUUAAUACGCUUUUAGAUGCGUUUUAUAAGAACGGUAAGUUUGUCGAUGGGGAGAAGAUAUGGAAUAUAAUGUUGCAGAAGAAUGUGACUCCUACUGUUAGAAGUUACAAUGCAAAAUUGCAUGGAUUGGUUUCACAAAAGAGAACAGAGGAGGCAGUUAAGCUGGUUGGGGAAAUAAGGAGUAAAGGAAUUAAGCCUGACGUGUUUAGUUUCAAUGCUUUGUUUGAAGGUUUUAUCAGUGAAGGUAAUCUUGAGGAAGCUAGGCGGUGGUAUAAUGAAAUGAAGAAAAAUGGUUGUGCACCAGAUAAAGUGACAUUUGAACUGCUAGUUCCAUUUGCUUGUGAGAAGGGUGAUGUAGAUUUUGCCUUUGAGCAGUGUGAAAAGAUUUUUGGUACAAGGUUCAGCAAAAAGUUCUGUUUUGAUGAGUCAUUGUUGCAGAAGGUGGUAGAUGAACUUGUUGCAUGCUCCAAGAUUGAGGAGGCAAAGAAGCUAGUGCAGCUUGGGAAGGCAAAUAAAUACCAUGAUUAUAGGCUGAAAUUGCCUUCAAAAUAGUAGUGCUAUAGCUUUAGUAAUUGGCUUUGCCAUUCCAGUUUGAGUUUGGGUAGUUUAUUUUAUAAUUACUUUUUGUUUAGUCAGCAUGAAUGUUUAUUGGCUACUAGUUUCAUCAUACAUUCCUUAUCAUCUUUGGUUUUUCCCUCUUUUCUCACUGACAGUGGUGAUCACUUCUAAUCUUGACAGCAAUGUGCAUUAGAGCUCAUGCCUUUCAAUUUGUGCUUUCAUAUUCUGCUUACCAUCUCUCAUGUUUGUCUUGGACUCUUGGUGUGCAUGGUUUUGUAUCCCUGACAAUGAAGGGAAGCCUUUCUAAAUGAUGAUGGAAAUGGAUUUGGAGGGAGGCACUCCUGGUUCAGCUGCUUCCAAGCCUUUGAAAUCAUUUGCAGAACAUGUUCGCGUGCAUCAUUCAUUGUAAUGCCUUGAUGUUCCUUCAAGUAGCAAUCCACAGAAGAUCCAUCUUGGCCAUCUUGAUUCUCAUCCUACAAGUCAUCCCAGAGUCGAAGAAUUGUUGCCGUGGACGAUAUUAUGCCUGGGUUGUUGUUUACUAACUCCACAUUUUCCAUGGUAAUACCUCGACCCAACAGAAAGAAAAUGUGUACCAGCACCUCAUGCACUCCUGAGCUGAUGAUCCCGUUCUUCAAGUACUCCUCAGGCUCUGGGUUCUCCCCUGCAGCAAACCAUUUUGCUUCAACCAGAAAUGCAUUGCAUAAACUUGCCCACCAUAUGAGGAAAUCAACUCGCGAGCUAUUUUGUGAAUGUUUAUUAAAUCUCUUGAUAACAUGGACUGCAAUUGAUACGCACCGUAUUAGGUUCCAUCCGUGCUUCUUGGACACCUUGUUACUAAUUUCAUUAGUUAUCUUAUCAAGAGCCUCGAAACAUA